ACCUCCCAACAUGACAAGCAGAAAGGGGCUGUAAGUGACACCGGCUCGUUUAAUUAAUUAAUGGCCUCUAACAGUUGGGCGGCUGAGCGCUGGGAGCCGUAGAGUGGAACAUUCCCUGCUCUGUAGCGGACAUAGAGGGGGAGCACUGCAGCAGAGGCAAAGACACUGCCUGCAGCUCGGUGGCCAUCAAUCACCCAGGCCGCCGCAGUCCUGUAAACCCUGCAGUGGAGGAGCGAGGAGGACAAAGGAGAGCCCGGCAUGGAGAAGGAUCGACCGCCAUGGCCGUCCAUGCCAGCGCUGGGGUCGGUGGCGGUGCUCCUCUCUCUCUACAUGUCCGCGGUGGUUCCCCAGAUCCCGGACCCUGAGCUUUUUACCACCAGUCCUCCCAAGAAGCCAGAACCUGUCACAUCAGAGACUGUGGUUUUCUGGGGGCUUCGCUUAUGGCAAGUCAUAGGAGUUUUUUCUGUGUUUAUUCUUGCAGUUGUUAUAACUCUGUGCUGCAUCUUCAAAUGCCGAAUUCCUCGCACCAAAAAGGAGAUUGAAGCGCGGCAUGCCCAGAGGCAGGCGGCAAAGACGUACGCCGACACUCUGGAAACAGUGCCCCCUCUGAACGAACUGACCGAGAUGCCUGGCUCGGCUAAGCCUGACGAGAAAACUGAGGUCGCUACUGUCUCAGGAAAAGUAGAUGGCGAGAAAAAGGAAGAGAAGAAGAAUGCCAAAGAUAAAAAAGAGGGCAAGGGUGCCAAGGAGGGGAAGGCAGAGGGCAAGGAAGGAUCCACCAAGAAAAAGGGUGAAAAGGGCGAAAAGGGUGGUUCGAAAAAGGGGGAUGAGGGUGGAGGUAAAGGCAAGAAAGGAGGAGGAGAGAAGGGAGGAGACAAAGGAGGAGGCAGUACAAAAGGAGGAGCAAAGGGAGGAGGUAAGAAAUCACAGGGCAAAAAGUGA